AUGAGUGAAGAUAAAACACUUACCAAAAUUCCACAUUUUGAUGGUCACUAUGAUCAUUGGAGCGAACUCAUGGAAAACCCGUUGCGGACAAAAGGUCUAUGGAGUAUAGUGGAAUGCGGUUUUGAAGAACCAACGGAAAGAACUCUACUCACAGAUGCACAACAGGGACUAUUGGAUAAUGCCAGAACCAAAGAUCACCAAGUAAAACAUUAUCUCUUUCAAGCAAUAGAUAGAACUGUUUUCGAGCAAAUUUUGGAUCGUCGCACGUACAAGGUGGUGUGGGAUUCACUGAAGAAGAAAUUUGGAGGAAAUGAAAAAAUGAAGAAAGGAGAAAGCAUUAGUGAUUACUUUGCAUCAGUAAUGGUAAUUGCAAACAAGUUGCGCAACAACGGGGAUGACAUGCCGGAUUCUAAGAUCCUCACUGGUGAUUACGAGCAGAAGUUCAAUCGCGUUCACGAGGAAGAUGAUGACCAAGCUCUCAAGGUGGAAGAAAGAGCAAGGUAUGGAAGGGGCAGAGGCAGAGGACCAUCUCGAGGCCGUGGUCGAGGUAGAGGAAGAUAUAAUGUGGAUAAAGACACUAUUGAGUGUUUUAAGUGUCAAAAUUUGGGACACUAUCAAUUUGAGUGUUCUAAGUGGAACAAAGAAGCAAAUUAUGUUGAACUGGAAGAGGAUGAACUUUUAUUGAUGGCUUAUGUGGAUGAUUUUGAGAGAAAAAGGAGAGACGUUUGGUUCAUUGAUUCAGGGUGCUCAAACCAUAUGUGCAGUGACAAAGAUAUGUUUUCAAGCUUGGACUUGACAUUCUCCCAUUCAGUCAAGCUUGGAAACAACAUCAGAAUGCAAGUAAGUGGCAAAGGAGUUGUUAAAUUAGAGCUAGGAAGCGUUGUAUAUGGCAUAGGAGAUGUCUACUUCAUACCAGAUCUCAAGAAAUAUCUAUUGAGCAUUGGUCAACUGCAAGAGAAGAGAUUAACAGUGUUGUUUCAAGGAAAACUAUGCAACAUCUAUCACCCACAAAGAUGUUUGAUUGCACAGACUGAGAAGAGUGCAAACAUGAUGUUCACCAUUAUGUCAGAAUCACCAAGGGUUAAUAAUGUGCAGCAAGAAAGAAGCAAAGAAGUGAAUUGUUUUCAUACAAAUGGAGAUGAUCUAUCUAAGCUUUGGCAUUAA